GGAAGUGUAUCGCUUGUCGGAUGUGAUUGGUGAGAAUGUGCAAGGGGGCGGGGCGGAGGGAGAAACCCGGAAGUAACGGCUGCGGCCUUGCGGUUGUUUAAAAUUAAUUCUCAUGUCAGCAGAAGGCUCAACCAUCACAGUUCGCCUUGUUCGCUCCUUUGAGCACCGGAAUUUCAGGCCUGUGGUUUAUCAUGGAGUUGACUUGGAUCAGACAGUGAAGCAGUUCAUAGCUUUUGUGCAGAAGGAUGUGCCUUCAAGAACAGGACUUCCUCCACCUUUUAAAACUUACAAGUAUGAUACGAUGAAGAUUAUUCACCAAGCUCACAAAUCUAAGACUGGUGAUCUAGUAGUGAGUUUGGAAGACGAUGACAAACUGAUUUUGAGAGAAGACAGAACGCUGAAAGCAGCUGGAGUAGCAAAUGAGACCGAAUUAGCAUUCUUCUGUGAGGAAGAUUACAGAAACUACAAAGCUAAUCCUGUUUCGGCCUGGUGAAGAUCCCAAGAGAUUGUUUUGUUUUCCCAUAGUUGUUGUAAAUCUUCCUUGCCCUGCUUAAUGACUUUUUCUUUAAAAGAUCAAUAAAUCCUUGAGGAUUGCUUUGCAAACAGUGCAAUUCCCUUCCUAUAGAAAUUAAUUUCUGCCAAUAUGCUGAGACUGAGAGAGGGAAGGCUGGGGGGCGUGCAUGGUUUUUUUUUUUUUCCCCCUUCCUCUCACAUUUCUUUUCUCUUUGCUUGCCUUUCACAAUGGAGGCAGUGCAAACACUCUGACCUGUGGCACACAUUCUCGGUAUGAUCCCGGGGUAUUAUGUCAGCUUCGUAUUGAGAUUAUACACCACACAGCAAAAACCCCUCUCAGUAGUAACUUCUAAUGAGAAUGGAAACUUUUUGUGACUGUUUUAGAGAGCUUGACAAGAGAAUCUCUGUUUCAAGUAACAGAUUUACUCCAAUCACUUUGUUUGGGCUCUUUUGUUUGAAUGGUGCAGACUGGCAAGCGUUUCGGGCUCUCUGCUGGUGAAAGCUUUCCUUUAUACUUUCUCCCAGCCCUCUAUUAGCAUGCUGAAACAGAAAAUGACUGUUUAGAGGCUUUUGUGUUCCAGGACCAGCUUGCUUGUUACUACGUCACUUCACAGGGACACCUUCUCAUAUAAGGGAGCAACCUGAGUUGUGCCAGGGCUGCGCUAUGCAGAAAUAGCAGUUGGGCAUUGUUCCAAGUAGCCUCAAGGAUCAGGGUUUCAGUUUUAAGAAUAAAAAUCCCAAUGAUUGCAUUUUUGCAAGGAGAGGCCCAGCCUGCACAACAGAUGUCUGUAAGACCAGCAUUGAUUCUUCCCUGCUUUCGAAGCACCAAAUGCUCUGUUACUAUCUGUUUGUUCUUGGUAAUUCCAGACUUUCCUGGAAUUAGCCAAAUUAAGAACAAGAAAACACAGUCAUGCAUCUAGUUUCGGUAGACAGUUAUGAAACUGCUUUCUAGGGGUUUGCCAAGAUGGGACUGUGUCUUUAAGCCUCUCUUCACUGAAAUAGAAGUGAUUCUGGCUCUCUGCCUUUGCUCUGCUGAAUCAAAUGAGACCUUGUGCAAUUGCUUUAGACCCAUACAUCUACCCUCAGUUCUGGGUCAGAACUGACAACACCAUUUCCCCUAGAGAAGCUUACAGUUUCCUAGAACUUUGAUGGUUUUUUUAUUGAUGUGAUGGUGAAUGCAGAUGUAUGAUUUCUAAAGCUUCUAAAUAAAAGUUCAUUUUUGCUUUAUAUGUAGGGCCAGUGCAUUGUUCCCACCUCAUUUUCUUCAUCCUUCCUGACAACUCUGUGGCUUAGACUGGAGACCUUUCAGGUAGCUGCUAUUACUUACUGUAAAGCAAUGGAAAGUACAACAUGACAGCAGAGCAGCAAGAUCCCAGACCACAGCAAGUGAGACUCCACUCAGACAUGACAGCAGUGGGCACAGAAAAUAAGAGAAAGAAGCUGCUUACCUUCAGAAGGCCUGUAAGGUCCUCAGGUAGGCAGGGAUCUCCAGACAACAAGCCCUUGCCUUCUCUCCUACCAACACUUAAAUGAAGUCUGGGAAGUCAGGAGCGAGGAUCCACCCCUUCUGGUCACUCAGGUUCAUUGCUUGCACCUGAGCUCCCCUGGGUUGGCCCUGCCCUCCCACCAGGUGCUCAUCACUGGUUCAAGCCGUGACUUAGUAUUUCCACUAGACUUACCAAGAGCUUUGCUUCAAACAGUGUUAUUCUCUUGUGAAGGAGGUCUGCCAUGUUACCAUCUGCUAUUAAAAAGGAGAUUGUAUCUUUAUCUUAUAAGCAGACCUAUAUCACUGUGUUCUCUUGGCAUUUAAAUGUUGAUGUGCGUGCUCCGAUGAAUUUAUGGAGAGGGUUUAACGCAUCUCUCCUCUUUCAGUCCAGGCCUCCUUUCUCUUGCUGGUCCCUGCUCCCCUAAUGAGUUUUGUUCUGCCAGAUUUACAACACUGACUGUAGCUGUGUGGGAAGUAGAUGGCAUACCAGAGAGAGCAGUGUCUUGGACUGUCCUACCAGGGCAUCUCGAUGAUGGCUUUCAGCACGCACAGGCUCUUUGACCAAAGAUUGCUACUGCUCUUCUUCUGUUGUGGGAAUUUUAAUUUGGUCUCCAACCCUUUCGGACAAAUUUGGAUUGGUUUUGUGAUCCCUUCUCUUUAAGGCAUUGAUGUUUGAAAGUUACCAAAUGCCAGCGUCCUUUCUGUAGUUACAGCCACAGUUACAGGAGUUCAGUGUGACACUGAGUGUGUUGCAGUGAAAGAGCAAUUCUACAACAUCAGUAAGAAAACUGUAAAUGUUUUAAUGCAAACGAAUAAUUGUGUCUGUCACUCUAGAUAAGUUUCUUUUUCCAAGGGAAGAGUUAAAGCAGUGCUCUGUGAGCUCUGUUCUCUCUGGCAGUGGCACUUCACUGGCUCCUUUCUGCAGAAGCACAGUAGAGCCUUUUGUAAUGCUCUCAAUGACCAUACUUGUAAACUGGAAUCUUCCUGAAGUGAGUUUCUACUUUUUUUUAAUAAUGCUUCUUACGAAACAAACAAAACCAAAAUACCCUCAAGCCACCACAAAACCAUAGAUAACAGAGAAAGAUGGAUUCUGUUGUAACACUUUGGGUGGGAUAUGGUAUAGCAGCAGUUCGUGUCCUUGUUUCAAAAUGGGUUUCAUUCCAAGAUUGUUGUACACUUAAUGAAAUCUGGGAACACUGGCUAAUAAAUUACUAAAGACUGA